UUAUUAUUAAUAUUACAAUUAUACAAAGAAGACAAAUAUCUAAAUUUGUUUUUAAAACUGCUAUACCACUAAUUAUUAAUUGUAUGAGUAACAAUUUGAAGAUUACUUUAUUGAUUGCUAUUAUUUUGUGUACAUUAUUUUAAAACCUUUUUGUUCAUAAUAUAUUACUAAAAGUAAUAUUAUUCAAAGUAGUUUAUACUUGGUGAAAUUUUUCUAAUAAAUAUCUACUUAUGUGUGUUAAUUUAAUAUCCGUUAGUUAUUGUUAGUCAAGUUAAAAUUGGAUAUUAAUAAUAAUUAAUUCGUGUGACAUGCCUGUUGCAAUGCAUAGAAGACGUGUUAGUAACUUUACAUAUGUUAGUCCUUGUGUAAAAUAUAUGAUAUUUUUACUUAAUUUUCUAUUCUGGUUAUUUGGUGGAUUAUUAGUGGCUGCUGGUACAUUUGCAUUUUAUGAAAAAUGGAACACUAUGGGAUCAAUUAAACUUAACACUUUUUCGGAUGUAAUUCUCAAUAUAUCAUUAGUUUUAAUUAUUGCUGGGCAGAUUAUAUUUAUUGUGAGCUUUGCUGGUUGUAUUGGAGCCCUCCGUGAAAAUACUACUCUACUUAAAUUUAACAAUAAUAAACUGUCUAUUACAUGUUGACUUGUGAAAAACAUC